CGGAGCACUUAUACCUUUCUGUCUGCUUCUUCUCCUUCUUCUCCUUCUCUCUUCUUCUCUCCACCAACCACUUCUACCAAACAACCUUCUUUGACCAAGCACACCAGCUAACCUCCUUGGCCAUCAGCUCUACUACUCCACCACUCUCUCCCUUCACCACCACUGCUCCCUCACAAGUCGAAACCAUGGCAGGCGCUUCGAAGGGCCGCAACCGUAACGACAAGUACAAGCCCUCCGCGUCUCCUCAGCGCUCGGUCCCGGGCUCUUCCUCUGGAGACACUUCAACCUCUGGGAAAGUCACACAGUCCGCCAAAUCUCACUCACCGUCGCGUUCUCAGCGCUCCAGCGGCUCCCGUCGCGAUGCUGCUGGGUAUGAUGGCAAUCGCGAUCCCAACGAGGAACGUGACCCCACAAAGUCCAAAGUCCUGAUCGACAUCCCCAAGAACCUCGACUUGGGCGCUGCCGCCUGGAGCUCUGUCCGUGACCUUCAGGUUUCCGGUUUGCCUCCGCGCCCUGCCCUCUCCAAAAUGGGCCAGCCCUGCAAAAUCGCCCUCAACACCUUUGAGGUUUUGUCACUUCCGACCAUGCCUGUGUUCCAAUUCGACGUGCACUUCGGCUCUGGUAACGAGAAGCGCGGUCUGAUCAGAAAGCUAUGGGAGUCAAAGGCAGUGAAGGCUGCACUCGGACCUGGCUUCAUCUUCGACGGGAACAAGCUUGCCUGGUCCAUGAAGACGCUUACCCGGGACAUCAACAUCACCGUCGACCUUGACGCUGAAGAAGGCCGUGAGGUCAAGGCUGGGGGGAAGGAGAAUAGGCACAGAUUCGUGAUUCGCCAAACCAACUCCGUCAAAUUCAACGCGCUCCUCGGGUACCUGGAGGGCAAGUGCGGCUUCGACAACUCCGUGCUGGAGUCAAUCAAUUUUCUGGACCACGUCUUGCGAGAGCAUCCCACCUCGCAGUUCACAGCAAUCAGGCGCUCCUUCUUCCGCCGCGGUGAUCAGCGCUUCCUCCUGGGCAACGCAGUGGAAGCAUUCAAGGGCGUAUAUCAAUCUAUGCGCAUCGUCCACAACAUGGCCAGAAAGGCAUGCCUUUCAAUCAACGUGGAUGUGGCCAACGGUACCUUCUGGACGGAGAACCUCAUGCACAUCUCCGCCCUUCAGCUGUGUAACAGCAAGGAUGUGCAUGACCUCAUCGCUGGCCUUCGCACCGGUGGCGAGAAUGGCAGACAGGGCAAGGCGAUGAAGAAGUUCCGUAAGCUGCACGUUACGGCUAAGCACCGCGGUGGCAAAGAGGAUGACUAUGUGAUUGAGCGGGUGGUCUUCAAGAACGCUCGGGAGCACAAGUUCGAGAAGGAUGGCAGAAUGGUGUCCCUGUACGACUACUUCGCUCUGACCUACAACGUCCGGCUCAUGCACCCGGAGCUCCCACUGGUUAAGAUGACUCGAGGCCAGAACACGUUGGUGCCAAUGGAGCUCCUCAAAAUCAAACAAAAUCAGCGGUACCAAUUCAAGCUGGAUGAGCGCCAGACAUCCCAGAUGAUCAAAUUCGCGGCCACGCCGCCUCCCGAGCGAUGGUCAUCGAUCGAGCACGGCCUACGGAUACUGAACUGGACUGCUGACCCUGUUCUGGAUGCCUUCAAGGUGAAAAUCAGUCAGAACCGCACCAACGUCGAAGCGCGCCUACUGCCGGCUCCGAAGGUGCAGUUUGGUGCGGGUGAAGCAAGGCCUGGCACCUCUGGCCGCUGGGAUCUGAAGGGAAAGAAGUUUUUGUUGACUCCCGGCGCCCCCUUGACGUCGUGGGGUGUGUGCGUGAUUCCUGGCAAGUAUGGCCCCAAGCCUGACAAGACCGUGGUGGAGAACUUCAUCCGGGAAUUCAUCAAAAUCUACCAAAGCCAUGGUGGGAAGAUUGAGAAUCGACAACCGUCGAUGACGCUCGCGCACGGCACCGACGUGGGACAGUGGGUCACCACUACCUGGAAUGCUACCGGCAACCAGAGCGGGAAGCGUCCUGAUAUACUGGUUUUCAUCCUUCCGGACAAGGACUCCGUGGCAUACGGCCGCAUCAAACGCUCGGCUGAGUGCCGGUACGGUGUGGUGUCGCAGUGCAUGCAGUACCAGCAUGUUCAAAAAUGCCAGCCGCAGUACAUCUCCAACGUCUGCAUGAAGUUCAAUGCCAAACUCGGAGGCGCCACCUGCCGUGCCAUCGGCACAAAGAGUGCUGGCGAAUGGGGCCACUUCACCGUGCCUACUGCUGUCAUCGGCGCCGACGUGUCUCAUGCUGCUCCUGGAUCGCAGGCAGCAUCGAUGGCUGCGAUCACCAUGUCCAUGGAUAAACUGGGCAUGAGAUACGCGGCUGCAUGCGAGACGAACGGCUUUCGGGUAGAGAUGAUUUCCACUGACAGCAUCAACUCCAUCGUCACCCCCCUCAUGGACCACUGGUCCAAACAAGUCGGCAGCGGGAGGUUCCCGCAGCGCAUCAUCUACAUGCGAGAUGGCGUCUCAGAGGGGCAGUACGCGCAAGUGCUGAACGACGAGGUGAAGGAUAUGAAGCGGUUGAUGAAGAAGUUCGAUCCCAAGCUGGAGGUUCAGUUUGUGGUGCUUGUUAGCGGCAAGCGUCACCACAUUCGAUUCUUUCCAGAGCGCGGCGAUCGCAACGGAAAUCCCUUCCCCGGCACCCUCGUGGAGACGGGCGUGACUCACCCGUACGAGAACGACUUCUACCUGUGCGCUCAUGCUGCCAUUAAAGGCACAGCUCGGCCCAUGCAUUACCAUGUGCUGCUCAACGAGGCGAAGAUGUCGAACGAUGAACUCCAGACCUUGCUGUACGAGCAAUCGUAUCAGUACAUCCGUGCGACAACUCCGGUAUCCCAGCAUCCGGCCAUUUACUACGCCCACAUCGCAUCGAAUCGCGCCAUCCCUCACGAUGAGGCUUGGGGCACUGGAGGGCCGACCACCUCUACGCCCCCGAGCGCACCGCCGCGUGAGCGUUCGGGAUCUCAAGGCGGCUCAGGGCCGCGACCGGGAUCGUCUGGCACGGGAGAACCAGGCGAGUACAAGGCGUUGAUGCCCAUGCCCAACCAGGGCAACAUUCGGACGAGCAUGUGGUUCAUCUGAGCUGCUCGGCAUAUGGCUUUGGCGGAUGGACACAACGGCUGGAGGCGGGAUCAAUGGUGUGAUGCGAGAUGAGGGGUCUGUCGGGGGGGAUAUCACGGUGGAGUUGGGGAAUGUUUUGAGGAGAUGGGCUGGCUGAGAGUGUUUGUUUCUUGCGAUGGCUUCGACAUCUACUUCACCCUGUGGAGGAGGAUGCGGUCUUGGUGCUUUUGAUUUCCCUGGUGUUACAUUAUGCGGUUGUAUGGGGGAGUUUGCUGUUUACCAUAGACGAAAAUGAACUCCGUGCCUUCGGGC